UCCGGAAACUUUGAAUCCGUAAAAGUUUGUGGAAACUUCGUAUCCAGAAACAUUUGAAUCCGGAAAAUUUUCUUGUGUAAACGCUUUGCACGACGAAUCCGAAGAAAUUCAAUAUGACGACCAAACAAUUCUCCAAGAACAAGUAAUUGCAAGCUCCGGAAGUCACUCGGCCGCAAUGCCAGCUUGUAAUUUGCACUUUGGGUUGUUGUGUCUACGAAAUGGACUGGUCCUUAUCCCAGAGAACUGGACAGCAUCAGUCGAUGAGAAGGAAGGUUCAGAAGUUGAUACAAGCCAUCCAGACGAAACAGCGUCUCAUUCAACGUCUAUCCCAGCCGCACCUUCGCCCCCGGUGAAAGGUCAGGAGAUCCAAAAAUUAAGAAAUUUCAUACUAACUGGUAUAUCGUAUGUUUCGUUAAUACUGGGGGAUUAUGUUCAAUCCUUGGAGCAUGCGCAGUCGUUACUUUCUCAACCGCAGCUUUGUGGCUCGCUAAGUUUUCUAGGACAUAUGUAUGCAGCCGAAGCGAUGAUACACCUUGGGCGGAUACCAGAGGCAAUCAGUCAUUUAUCUCCAGACCACAUCAGCAAUUUUUCAAAUCAUGGAUCAAAUGAUCAUGUCCCAGGCUCUACAAUCAGUCAGUUUCCUCAAAACAUGACCGAGGGGAAGACGAUGUUCUUAGUAAAUCUUGCUGUUGCUCAUUGCUUGCGCGAAGAGUUUGAUAAAGCAAAGAAGUGUCUUUAUCAGGCUACGUCAAUGAUCCCACUGAAAGAUCUGCCAAAUGAAGCGAUCGCCCUGGCUAUAUACAUUGAACUUCAACUUGGGAACCCAAGAGGAGCAUUACAAAUCAUCAAGCGACAUCAACUCUUACUUCCUGGAAAAGUGAACGAUAAACAACGCAGAUUAAGGAAAUCUUUCAUAUGAGAAUGAAUCAUUUGGUGUUUACCGAUUCAAUGAAUCCGGAAUAAGGUCAGAAAU